AUGCUGUGGGUCAAGAGACUGCGACGAGCGGCGUUGGGGGCGACGGAGGAGGAGGAGUGGGGGGACGGGGUAGAGAGAACACGAAGAACAAGGGACGAGGAGUAUCGGACAUCGAGCAGCAACAGGAGAAGAUCAUCGAAUUCAACGCAGGAACAGGGGCAGCGCGUCUUUGUUGACGACCGGGGCAGAACAAUCAUCUUACACAAGGAUGGUCAUGUCGAGUUGCUCAAUGCAGCCUCCGAGGCUGCAUAUCGCAGCUUUCAGAUCCAACGGGAGAGCCUCGACGAAGUUCGUUCGGCAUGCCUGGCAGGAGGUCGUCUCCUCCUGUGCAUGGAAUCACCGCACCUCCUCCUCGUCGACACCCGCAUAACGCGUGGGGAAGUCGCUGCCAUGCGCGUAAAACUCCCUCUGUCCGUCGACACAGCAUCAGCCAACAUGGACGAAGACUUGAUCGCACUGACUUCUUCAAACUCCGUUCACAUGUGUUUCCCGACGCACGACCAUCAGGUUGAGCGUGUAAGCUGCCUGUCCUCGGAGCACCUGCUGUCGGUCGAUUGGCUGCCCCGCAAACCUCGGGCCCUGAGAGCUGUUGGAACAGACAGCGGACAGAGGACGGUGACUUCACAGAUGCUCCUCUUGGACCCGCACAGCAAGGAGUGUCUCGAGGGUCAACGGGCGUCCAUCACUUUCGAUGCCAAGGUGACGGGUGGAGCCGGAUGUGCGAGCGAUUCCAACUUGUACGCGAUCAUGACGGAAGACGCUUGCUUUCAUCUGAUCGACUUGCGGAGCUCUAGGGCUCUGAGGAAGGCUCAACUGCCCUCCCCUGCCUUGGCUGCUUCUUUCCACCCCUCGGGAGGUCUUGUUACUGUGCUGAUCCGGGAGGGCAAGCACGAGUUCGAUCUGCUGCUGGAGGGAGAGACUCGCAGUCAGCUGUUUGCAACGAUGAGGAGCACUGAAAGCCCCCUCAAGUGGCUGCUGUCGGAUCUGCCGGGGGAAGGCAAGGACGCCUGGCUGGACAACGUGGAAGAGGAAGGGACGUCAGAGGAGGAGCAGGAGCUGGUGGUUGUGCUGGCUGGAAGGCUCUGUGGGCGGAUGAGCAUCGACUUGGGAAAGUUAGCGUUCGGACGGAUAGGACUGCAGGAAAUCUGCGCGUCGUGGAUCAGAGCUGGUGAAGUCGAAAACGCAAUUCGAAUCAUGCGUUGUAGUGAAGGAGGAAGGCAGAGACAAACUUGCGCGAGUUUGAUUGUGAACUUUCUGCUACGAGAUGAGCGAGGGUUGAGAAUGCUCUGCUCGGACGCGCUCCGCAGAAAAUUCUUCCUGAGUUUGAGUCAGGGCGAGUGGGAGAGCUGCGAAGAGAUUGUGCGAGAGACGAAGGACGAGCAGCUCACGGAGACCUUGUACUUCUGGGCAGGACAGGAGGGGAACGAGCAGCUGCAGGGGAUGGAAGGAGGAGUGUGGGAGGAGGAGAGGGAUAGGAUGACGCUAAAGCCCCUCUGGGAUGGAGACUUUGCGGCUGUGUUGAGGAGCCUCAAGGGGUCUGGCUCAGCGGAUGACCCCGUCCUAGCUGGGCUGCUGUUGGAGUCAAACGGGCAGUUUUCCGAGGCCAUUCGUCUCUAUGAGGUGGUGGAGGAGGAGUUGGUGGUGGAGGAGGAGGUGGAGGAGGAGUUGGUGGUGGUGGAGAGUUAG